AUGAUGUCCCCAAGGAGUUUCCUUUACUACAAUAGGCAGCCCUCGGCCUCAAACAAGACUACCUCUUCCCUCUCUCCAUUUUCCACGCGUAAACCGACCAGCGACAGCUUCGCCGCCAACACGAGUUCGACCUCCAAGACUACUUCUCCCAUCGACACCCCCAGAACGGCUCUGCCUUCUGCCCUGCUGGAUCGGAAAAAGGAUGCCCAGAACGUUUCCGUCACCGUCACGCCUAUCCCUACUCCUCCCACUGCCACCACAGCUACCAUGGCCAAAAAGAAGGAUGCUCGCCGCGAAACGUCUAAGCUGGCGCCGUCUAGCCCUCCAAGGACCACCACGAGCGUAACCGUCAGACCGACGACACCUACCGGCCCGGUUCAGAUCCCUUCGAAAUCCAAAUCCAGCUUGUUUUAUAGUUCCCAACGCCACGCCCAGAGGAAACCCUCCCGUCCCCGAGAUGUGCACUCGCCAGAUACCGUUCCUCCCGCCAUGCUGGCCCUGCUGGCUGUUACUGAUAUCCCUAGACCGCGACGCAGCUCGAAGCAGAAGCUUGCUAGGGAUCAGCCAAUGACUCUGGAAGCCGUCAUCGAGAGGCAACAGGUUUGCGAGAAGGAACUCAGCCUCACUUUUGGCAAAACCCCGAUGGACUUGCUCCUCUCGCCACCUGAUGACCUCGAAGACGACAUGUCCAUUAGUGACAGCGGAGUAGGCUCCGUUCUGUCCACCAGAACGGUCUCUGUUGAGUCGAUGCCUUCUCUUGGCGACUCAUUCUCUACUGAAAACACAUUAUCUUCACUUGAGUCUCCUUGCGGAUCGAGUCCCCGAAGGAGGCGAUCGCGACAGCCUCGGAGAUCUUUGGAGCCAGUAUCUUCCCCUCCCGGCCAGCCUGAGGAUCACCCCUUGUCUCGCGACCAUGUUGGUGUGGAUGAGCUUGAUUUCAGAGUUUUUGACGAGUCUCAAGACGAAGAAGAUGACACCAAGUCGGAGUUCUCAUUUUCUGACUACACCUUCCCCUUGCGUCCCCUCAAGUCGGCUUUCAAGUCCAACUUGACCGCAUCACUUCGCGCUCUGCGCUCUGCUGCAAGGUCCAUCUCGAACAUCAACUUCUCUUCCAUUCCCCCAGACGAUUUUCUCACCAGGUCCAUUCUCACCAUCGACCCCAAAGUGCCUUACACGGAUGAGCGUCGACCUCCUGUAUUGGAGGAGGAGCCUUCCGCCGCCCUCCGCCGGUACCUGAACCCUACGACCAAUGCUCGCAUUGAGCCCCACCCAGCGACGGCUGCCGCUGCGCCUGGCGGCACGCGAGGCUUUACUGCCUCAAUCCAGAUGCAGACCUACAAGGUUCAGCGAAGCCGCAGUGCACCACCCCCAUCGUCCCGGGGUCCCUCUCCGACGACAUCGGCGGGCACGACUCAGUCAACGCCUUAUCAGCCCCCAUCUCAAUCUCCGAACCAGACUGCCUUUACCUACCCACCUGGCGGCAUGCGACAGCGGGAGAUGCGAGAGAACUCAGACUUCAUUCGCAUUGCCGUCAUGGAGAUGGCGAUGCGAAAACGCGGAAAGCUUGACGACCAACGGCCAGGCCGUGCCCGCUGGGCUUUACCGCCACGGAAGCCGAACGUACGGGCCUACGAAGUUGGCCCCGACGGUGUGCCAGCUCGAUGGAUCCCCGUGUCACAGUGA